AUGGAUGAUACCAAUACCAAGCAAGCCUAUCUGGAAUCAAUUCAUCAACCUCUUGGUCAAGAAACGUUGAGAACAAUGGAAAUGAAAGGACAACCUUUAAAUGCUACAUCUUUCGGUGAACUCCAUAAUUGGAUCAUGAGGACGUUAAAGAAGCUUUGCAAUCAAAAUGCUUUCCUCAAAUACAUCAACGCUGCAGGGAGAAAAUUGGAGAACGCUUGUGAAAAGCCUUAUUUACAAAUUAAGUGUAGCCGCUCUAUGAAAGAUUGUGAUUGUCCAGGAAAGAAGAAAUUUCAAAAAAGAAGAAUGAAGUUUUCACACAGAGAAGUUUCUCUUAAUCCUUUCAGAAGAAAGAAAAGAUUUUUCAGGAGAAAAUUCUCAAAGAAGAAAGAAAAUAGAUGUUUUAUCUGUGGAAAGAAAUGCCACUUUGCAAAAGUAUGUCCUUAUAAGAAAAAGGACAAAAUUCUCCAUCAGAUGUUCACAACUACUAAGAUUGAUUAUGGAAAUGAUGAUUUGGAGUCUCUUUUUUCUAAGCAAGAUGAACAAUCUCAAGAGACUGUCUUCACUCUCGACUAUGAUUCUGAUGGAAGUCUUUCUGAUGAAAUUGCUGAUACAGACAAAUGUUAUGGUAUGCAAGUUGUUAAUCCUAUCUUCUUACCCAUUCAUGUACCCAUGCCUGAAGUUAAGCUUCUUACAGGAAAAUAUGAAAGAACCAUAACAGUUCCAGCACUAUUUGAUACUGGUGCAUGCUGUUCAAUUCUUAAUCCCGCUAUUCUUCCUGAUGAUAUGUGGAAAAAUUAUCAGCAAACUUUUCAAGUUGCAAAUGGAGAAAGUUUUUCAACAGAAAUAGUCAGCAAGCCUGUUACAAUUCAGUUCUUCCUUGAACUUGGUAUUUAUCACAAGUUAUUAGGAUCAUCUUUGCUUUGUAAAGAUCUCAUCAUUGCAUGGGAUAUUAUCAAACAUACCCAUAACAAAUGA